AUGUAUCAAAAAACGUUCCCUGAAAAACAUGCAUAUCUUGCUACAACGUUGAGCAAUAUUGGUGAUGCGCAUCGAUUAAUGGGUGAUUAUGAAAAAGAACUAAUAACGUUCAAUCGAGAGGCAUUAGAUAUUCAAGAAAAUAUUAAAGGUUCUCCUGUAGAAUGUUCAUUAACAUAUACAUAUUUAGCUGAAACAUAUCGGAAAAUUAAAGAUUAUACAACAGCAUCGGAAUAUUUCGAAAUAGGAAUAGAAAGACGCAAAAAUCGGCUACCAAGAAAUCAUCCUGAUUUAGCCGUUAUUUAUCACAGAGUGCCAAAAUUAUAUUUGGAUGCACGAAAAUAUGAUAUAGCAAUGAAAUAUGUUCAACAAGCUGUUGAGGUUGCACAGGAGAAACUAUCUUAUAAUCAUCCGCAUUUGCUAAAAUAUAGAGAAACACUCGAAAGAAUUCGUAGGAAAAUGUGA